AUGGAAACGAAAGGUGAUACUGUGGCCAUUACGCUGCCGCUGAUGCAUGCGGCAAGCGCCAAUCUUCAGUUCCAGAACAUAACCUACGAGGUACGGCAUCGCAAAGAACGGAAGCAACUGUUGAACAACAUUUGCGGUUCAUUCGAGAGCGGUCGUCUCACGGCAAUUCUUGGCCCUUCUGGCGCGGGAAAGUCAACCCUGCUGAACGUGCUCAGUGGCUUCAAAACGCAGGGCGUCAGUGGUAAAAUUGCCGUAAACAAUGAAAUCAUCAGUCGGCAGCAGUAUCGUCAGUUGGUUGCGUACACGGCCCAGGAUGUAGCGCUGCUGCCUAAUAUAACGCUACGUGAAAAUUUGCACUACGCGGCCGACCUGAAGCUUUCCGCCGAAGUGUCCCAGUUGCAGAAGAUCAAGAUCGUGAACGAUGUUAUUGCGCUGCUGGGGUUGCAAAAAUGUGCGCAUAACAGGUCGCAAAGUCUUUCCGGUGGCGAGAAGAAGCGGCUUUCCAUCGGGCUAGAAUUGGUUUCCAAUCCACAGAUUAUGUUUUUCGACGAGCCUACAAGCGGGCUUGAUAGUGUUUCGUCGUAUCAGGUUAUUUCGUACAUGAAGGAUCUCGCGAGGCAAGGGCGGUGCGUGGUGAGUGUGAUUCAUCAGCCCAGUUCGGAGCUGCUGGAGCUGUUCGAUGACAUCUACGUCGUUGUGGAUGGACGCUGCAUGUAUCAAGGGACGUUAGAUAAUUUGAUACCGACCUUUGCCGAAGCUGGAUUCAUCUGCCCUCCGUACUACAAUCGAGGGGAUUUUGUGCUUAAGAUAGCAGCACUGCACGAUACGAAGAAGGCGGACAUUCAAAAACUCAUGGUCAAAUCGGAGAAAUCCGUUAGCGCAUCGAUGAACCAAGGCAUCCAGCAAGAGUUCAACUCAAUGGAAUUUCUCAUCGACGGACGGGGGCCGCAGUUUCCGACGACGUGGUGGAAGCAGUUUACCAUCCUUACGCGACGGACAGCUUUGGGCACGGUCCGGAAUCCCGCCCUGAUGGGGUUGCGCUUUUUCGGUCACAUUCUGUUCGGCUUCACGAUCGGUUGGGUAUUCCUCAACGUCGGAGACGACGCGUCGAAGGUCCUGUCGAAUAUUUCGCUGCUUAUUGCCUUCUUGAUGUUCAUUAUCUUUGCCAAUGCCAUGACCGUGAUCUUGACUUUUCCCCUCGAGAUGGCUGUGUUUGUGCGGGAGCACAAAAGUAACUACUACUCCGUGUCGGCCUACUUCUUCUCCAAGCUGGUCGCCGACUUUCCGUGGAUGAUUUCGGGCGUGACUGUGUUCCAACUGCUGAUGUACUACCUGAGUGGCCAGCUGAAUGAAACCGACCGGGUCAUCAUGUUUUGGGGCAUCUGCGCCCUGUUCGGGUGGCUGUCGCAGGUCUACGGCCUGAUCGCCGGUGCUCUCUUCCCGAUCGAGGUCAGCCCGUUCAUCGUGCCGGCGUCGAUCAUUCCGGCGCUGCUGUUCUCCGGUUUCUUCAUUCGCUACAACGAGCUGCAGGACAUGUUUAAGCCGCUCACGCUGAUCAGCUACUUCCGGUACGGGUUCGAAGGAUUAGUGCAGGCCACGUACGGUCACAACCGGACUGAGUUGGGGUGUGAGGAAAUAUUCUGCUACUAUCGGAAGACGAGCAAAAUACUGGAAGCCCUACACAUGGAACCGAACCGGUACUGGGUUGAUGUGGCCGGUCUAUCGAUCUGGAUCGUGUUUCUGCACGUGGUGCUGUACCUUAGCUUAAGACUGCGUCUUCGAUGGAAUCGCUGAAACUGGUAGCUCAGACGAGCUUUAGAUGAGCAGUCAAGGUUUUUGAAAGAACAGUCGUAGAUUUUUUCCAGUGUGAUCGGAGAAACCGUUCGAUGCAGGCAAAACAGUCUCCAGUAACGUAGGAAUUAUUCAUCAUUCCGUCGCAAACAACAAGGUAUUUGCGCAAGUGUGUAAAGUAUUGCGUGUAGUUAAUACAUUGCUUCAUUGGCGCAUUCGAAUGAAUGGACGUACGAGUGGUGGUGAACUUGCAAACCACUUCUUAGAACAUGAAUGUUUGGGAGUGAUUCAAUUCCGCAUUACGCAA